AUGUCGACCUCUGCCCUCUUCCAGCCUAUUCAAGUCGGAUUAUCAACUCUUCAACAUCGCGUCGUGCUCGCCCCACUGACGCGAUAUAAAGCGACCCCUAAAGAGCACGUUCCUAUAGUGCCUCUCGUGAAGAAAUACUACAGUCAACGCGGAAGCCGCCCUGGUACUCUCCUUGUCACAGAGGCGACGUUCAUCGCUCCCCGCGCCGGGGGAUACGACAACGUCCCAGGUAUCUGGAGCGGUGAUCAGAUCGCGGCAUGGAAAGAGGUCACGGACGGAGUACACGAGCAAGGCUCGUUUAUCUACCUUCAGUUGUGGGCACUGGGAAGAGCCGCGUAUCCGAGCGUCCUCCGGGAGGACGGGUUCGACUUCGUCGCUCCAUCUCCUAUCGGGCUCACCGACGACGUGACCCCCCGUGCUUUAACCACCCCUGAAGUCAAGGAAUACGUCCAGCUCUACGCGCAGGCUGCCAAGAACGCGAUACAGGCUGGCUUCGAUGGGGUGGAAGUCCACGGUGCCAACGGUUAUCUCAUCGACCAAUUCCUACAAGACGUCAGCAACCAACGCACUGACGAGUACGGAGGGAGCAUCGAGAACAGGAGUCGCUUCGCUCUUGAGGUUGUUGCUGCUGUUGUGAACGCGAUAGGAGAGGACCGCACGGGCAUCCGUCUGAGCCCUUGGAACAAUUUUCAGAAAAUGAAAAUGGCGGUCCCUAUCCCCCAGUAUACGCACUUUGUCACUACGCUGAAAUCUGCCCACCCCAAUCUGUCCUACCUGCAUCUGGUGGAGGCAGAUGCUGACGCCCCAGUCAAUGAGUCGAACGACUUCAUCCGAAGAAUAUGGGCACCCAAGCCGCUCAUCACAGCGUCUAAUUACAGGAGAGAGUCAGCCCUGGCAAGGGCGGCGGAAAACGCGAAUGAGUUGAUUGCAUUCGGGAGAUGGUACAUCUCGAACCCAGAUCUCCCAACGCGAAUCCUGGAAAACAUACCUUUCACGCCGUAUAACACGAAGACUUUCUAUGUUCGUGGGCAUUUACCAAAUGCCGAUGUUGGAUAUACGGAUUAUCCGUUCGCAGAAUCUGUUGGGACCGCCGCCCAAGUACGACUUUGA